AUGGAGGCCUCAGACACCAUUGCCAGUUUGAUUGAAUUGAGCCCAAGGAGCAAAAAGAGGAAGUCGAGCUUUCGCAGGCUGCCGAAGACGAGCAACGUGAAGCUUGACCACAAGCUGAAGAACCGUCAGUUCAAGAAGGAGAGCACAGACAAGAAUCACCGCAAGGAGCAGAAGAAGUUCCGGGCAGCUAUCAAAGAUGUCGCCUUGAAGGAUGAAGAGGAGGAGGAGUUUGUGGAGUCCCUGCCAAUUGACAUGAUGGAUGAAGAUGACCUGGAGCAGAUUAAGGCCAUGGCUCAGAAAGCCUCCUUCCUCACCAGAGACCUGUCAUCGAGGAAGGAUGAGGCUGUGACUGGCCCGGCCCUGACCCCUCAGGAGCAGCUAAAGCUCCGCACACAGAAGCUGACAGACAGGAUGCUACGCAUCGCCAGUCUAGGAUCAGACAUCCUCUCAGAAUUCCACCAUCAACGUAAGACCGACCCCUACAUGGCCGUGAUGGUCAGAAAGCUGGUCAUGUUCUCUCUGAUGGAGGUCUUCAAGGACAUCGUCCUCUCAUACAGGAUAAGACCCCUGACAGAGACAGAGAAAGCCUCAAAAGUGAAGAAAGAGACACAGCAGUUGAGGGAGUUUGAGAAGGGCUUGGUGAGCCAGUACAAGUUCUACCCGGAGAACCUGGAGCAGGCAGUCAAAGCUGCUGGUGGCCCUGCCACACUUCAACUUCCACAACAAACAAAAAAAUGUCUCGACGUGAUGCUGACCAAGCGUAGGAAACGGGUAAACCUGCAGCACGCCUUAGCUUUCGUCAAGAGACUGAGCACGCUUAGUCUGCACACCCUGCCCAACGCCACCGUGGACAUCCUGGCAUCCAACAAGAUGUUGAUACAUACCUUCCCCAAGUGUAACAUCCUCCUGGACAAUGAGGCUCAGGGUAGUGGGGUGUUCCUUCCUGAGCUGGACGAGCCGGAGUACUGCAACCCUCAGAACACUGCCCUGUGGGAGCUACACACACUCAGGGCACCCAGUAGAGCUGUUUGAGGACCACAGAGCUAAAGACAUGACCUUCAACCCUCCAGUGGCAGCGCCUUCCACAAAGAAGGAGGUACCUCCCUUCCCUCCCUGUCCAUGUAUCGACCUGGCCAAGGCUUUCGACUCUGUCAAUCACCGCAUUCUUAUCGGCAGACUCAAUAGCCUUGGUUUCUCAAAUAAAUGCCUCGCCUGGUUUACCAACUACUUCUCAGAUAAGAGUUCAGUGUGUCAAAUCGGAGGGCCUGUUGUCCGGACCUCUGGCACUCUAUGGGGGUGCCACCAGGGUUCAAUUCUCGGGCCGACUCUUUUCUCUGUAUAUAUCAAUGACGUCGCUCUUGCUGCUGGUGAUUCUCUGACCCACCUCUAUGCAGAUAACACCUUUCUGUAUACAUCUGGCCCUUCUUUGGACACUGUGUUAACAAACCUCCAAACGAAAUUCACUGUCAUACAACACCCCUUCCGUGGACUCCAAAUGCUAGGAAAACUAAAUGCAUGCUCUCCGACCGAUUGUUACCCGCAUCCGCCCGCCCGACUAGCAUCACUAGUCUGGACGGUUCUGACUUAGAAUAUGUGGACAACUACAAAUACCUAGGUGUCUGGUUAGACUGCAAACUCUCCUUCCAGACUCACAUUAAGCAUCUCCAAUCCAAAAUGAAAUCUAGAAUCGGCUUCCUAUUUCGCAAACAAAGCCUCCUUCACUCAUGCUGCCAAACAUACCCUCGUAAAACUGACUAUCCUACGGAUCCUUGACUUCGGCGAUGUCAUUUACAAAAUAGCCUCCAACACUCUACUCAGCAAUCUGGAUGUAGUCUAUCACAGUGCCAUCCGUUUUGCACCAAAGCCCCAUAUACUACCCACCACUGCGACCUGUAUGCUCUCAUUGGCUGGCCCUCGCUACAUAUUUCUCGCGAAAUCCACUGGCUUCAGGUCAUCUAUAAGUCUUUGCUAGGUAAAGCCCGGCCUUAUCUCAGAUCACUGGUCACCAUAGCAACACCCACCCGUAGCACACGCACCAGCAGGUAUAUUUCACUGAUCAUCCCCAAAGCCAACACUUCCUUUGGCCGCCUUUCCUUCCAGUUCUCUGCUGCCAAUGACUGGAACGAAUUGCAAAAAUCACUGAAGCUGGAGUCUUAUAUCUCCCUCUCUAAAUUUAAGCAUCAGCUGUCAGAGCAGCUUACCGAUCACUGUACCUGUAGCACACCCAAUAACCUCAUCCCCAUAUUGUUAUUUAUCCUCUUGUUCUUUUGCACCCCAGUAUCUCUAAUUGCACAUCAUCAUCAGCACAUCUAUCACUCUGAUGUUAAUGCUAAAUUGUAAUUAUUUCGCCUCUAUGGCCUAUUUAUUGCCUUUACCUCCCUACUAUUCUACAUUUGCACCCACUGUACAUAGAUUUUUCUAUUGUGUUAUUGACUGUACGUUUGUGUAUGUGUUACUCGUAUUUUUGUUGCACUGGUUUGUUUUAUCUUGGCCAGGUCGCAGUUGUAAAUGAGAACUUGUUCUCAACUGGCAUACCUGGUUAAAUAAAGGUGAAAAAAUAUAUAUAUAUUCCACAAUGUUAUUAGGCCCCACUUAAAGGAAUACUCCACCCAAAAACUGUUUCAUUAGUCCAUUGUUGAUAUAGUCCCAAAAUCUUUUAGCUUUUGUCAGCGAUCAUGUUUUCAAGAUAUGUAACUGUCAAAAUACAGAAAUCAUCCCGGUAUGAUGCAGGAAUUUCCUUUAAGUGAGUUGUCUUUGUCUCCUACCUCUGCAUUGUCUGUCCCAGGGUUAUUUCAGGAUAGGCAAAGCCGAUUGAU